AUGAGAUACCGUCUUGUCAUCCGAGAUGGCUUGGAACCUGAUAGCGGCUCGGAAAUGGGAACGAGUAGAGAUAGAGCCAGAAGAAGAGGCAGCGAAAUGCAGGCAAGCGAAAGUUCUGAACCAAGAAGUAUUGCCAAAGAAGGGUGGCCAGCGGCAAGGUCAUCUACCAUCAAGGGUCAUUUUUGCAGAAGCACCAAACCUUACUACAAGCAAAUGGCUGCUGGAUCCAAGGACUCGGUCGAGUCUGUCGAUGAGUACAAGUCAACAGUAACAUGCUCUUCGUGCUUUCAUCGCACGACCAAGCAGGUCUAUGUCAGGGACGGUCGCUCGAAAAGAAUUCCCGGUACAGCCGUCUGCUCAAUGCCCAAGAAGGCUCUCCAUAGGUACUAUAACACUCAACCACGAUCUGAAUGGCGCAAAAAACAGUGCCUUUAUAAGUUUCUUUAG